AUGCCCUCUCCCAAACCAACCUCAGAAUCAGAAAUAGAUGCAUCAUAUUCUGAUAACAUUGGCCAGAUACCUAAGGACGUUUCUCAACAAGAAAUUGUCCCUAGAGCAUCUGUCUUAAAGGAACUAGCAAGUCACCUAAUUGAAGUUUCCAGUUCUAAAUCAAGCUUUAGCUUAAACACUUGCUCUGAGUUUGAUAACUUUGAAUUUAGGCCUCUUGUGGUUGAACCUCUUCAAGUUAUUCAUAUUGAAACCAAACCCUCUGACCCCCAACAAAAUGUCCAAACCAGUUAUGUUGAAUCACACCUAACAAAGCUUGCUCAGACUGAAAUUCUAGUACAAUCUGAAACUGAACAAAUAAUCCAAGGCUAA